GCUCGCUCUCGUAAAGGUAAUAAAGCAUCGAUCAGGAUCGGAGUUCCGGCGACUAUGUCUGGGCGGCGGCAAAGAAGUUCCGGAGGCUCAGAGUUCACAGAGAAUGAGAUCAAUGUUCUUGCUUCAAGGUUACAAGCAUUGCUCCCACAACCUAGCCAACAAACAAGGAACUCAAGGGUAUCAGUGUUGGAGAUCUUGAAGGAAACUUGCAGUCACAUCAAGCGGCUACAGAAAGAUGUGGAAGACCUUAGUGAAACGCUGACAGGGCUGUUGGAUUCUCUUCACAUUACUGAUAUUGACAUCACUCUUUUACAAGAUCUUUUGCAACAAAAAUAAUAACAAUAAUUUGUU